AUGGUUCAGGUCGUCCUGAUCGUGGCAGCACCCUUUUGCAGCCCCUCCCUCGUCGCGAGAUGCCAUUACCUUGACCAUGCCUACGUGAGCAACUUGGACUGGGAUAAGCGGCAGGGCGGGGUUCAGGUACGGCUCGACCAUGACGUUCUCCAGGAAGUUGUGGAGCACUUGCACAACGCAAAUCACGUCUGCCUGUAUCACACCGAGCUUCGUCAUCCGGACUUGGCCGAGACCUACAUGUCACGGCUGCUCAAGCUCACGCAAGUCCCCAUUCAGUUUCGCAUCCACCAUCUUGAAUCACAAGCCGGACAGGGCCAGACCCUGCUCCAGGGCUACUGGCACACGGGCCUCCUGGCCCGGGCCUUGCUGCUGGAGCCUCACCAGAACCCAGUCCAGAUUCGUGCGAGCGGAACCUUGCCGCAUCAGUUGAGCCAUGCCUUGGAACGAGACCUGAUGCUCCUGGACAAUGAUCGUGCCAAAGCUGAUUCGACUCGCACAGAGGGCGCCUCUGUUGCUGCCACGACGACCACGACGACCACGACGACCAUGCCCUUGCUUCCAAGUCCGACCGUCUUUGUGGAGCUGGCUGGUUUCCUGCGGCUCUCUGAGCAUGAGCGCUCGACCGUAGCCAACGCACUUUUGCUCUGGAUGGCACGCUUUUCCAACCAAGACCAACCAGCAGGUCGUGGGUGGCGCCACCAAGUCACAUUUCAAGAAGUGCUGCUCCGGCCCAGCAGCCUCACGCAUCAUCGAUUUCGUUCCACUGGCUCGGCGUCCACAUCGCAGGCGGACUGCCCCACCACAGCCCCUGGCAUGGGAGAUGCGCUUCGAUAUCUUGCCUUGUACACCCCUUGCACCUUUGCGGCCCAGUCUCACUACAAGGCGGGCACGCGCAAGGAUGCACACGUUCCACUCAACCUGGAUGUUAGAGUCCUUCUUGAGCCCGAGUGCUGUGCCCCGCCUGCAAGAGCCUGGCCUCUGUUACUCGCUGGUGCCCCGGGCGAGACAAGCAGCGAGGUGAUGCUUCACCACCAAGACAUGCUUCUUGGCCUUGUUGUCGACAAUCCGGCCCUUGUUGAACGCGUUGCGGGGCUCAUCUUGCAAGCCGCUCACCGAACAGAUGCACAAGCUCUGAGUCCCAUCUAUCAGUGGCCGCAGGAAUCCCCAUCUCCAUCCCCUCUCAACUCGACAACUUUGCCGGAACAGACACAUGAUGAUGCCCGGAUCUUAUCAGCUGACAUCAUGGCUCGCUGUGGCAGCGAGGCUGUCUUCCAGCGCGCGCAAGCCUGCCGUCAGUGGCUUGGCACGGUGACGACCGACGCCCCGCGUACCACGUGGUGUGCCACUGCCCUGGGGACUCACGAGGAACGCUAUAAAGUCCAGGUGGUGUUAUCUUCGACGGCUGUGCAACAUUUCACCUGCACCUGCCCGGCCAGCAGGGGCCUGUUUAUGUGCAAACAUGCGGCUGCGCUGGCGCUGCAAGCACUCGAGCUACCGCAGGGUGAUGUUGACACUGCCAGCUCGACAAGACAUUCGACACCCAUAUCAACGGACUCGGACCUUGGCGUUGAGGAUGCAAGAAAACUGGCUGAUUCAUCGCAAUCACCAGCUGUCUCGACACGAACCCCAGCCUUUGACCCGCGAGCUGCCCCCGCUUCAUCCAGAGGUGAGGCGCUUCCUCCAGAUCUUGGAUCGUGCACCGUGCGCAAUGCUUGCGGUAGCGCAACCAAUGCAGCUGCAACACUCCAAACAGAUCCAUCGACUCGACAAGCGCGUGAUAUUGCUGUACUGCCGUCUGCUGCUGAGCGUCCGAGAAGCAAGAAGGACAAGCGCGGGCAUCGGGCGUGGUCGACCAGUGGGCUUCCCAGUCCCGACCAAGCGCGCCCCCGUCGGGCUUUGCCUUUGAUGUUUCAGACUCGCCCGUUGCGAGCAGAUGAGGAGACAACGCGCACACAGCGCCGUCAUGCACCCAACACCAAGACCGGUGCGCCCAAAGUAACUCCGCUUGCUUGCGCGGCUGCAACUGAAGAGCCCCGCACUGACGCUGAGCCCCAAGCUAGCCAGGGCAGUGUGUCUAUAGCCGUGCUGCGCGCGGCAUUGCAAAUUGCUCGUCAUCGUGGUGUGACUGGCUGUGCACUUUUUGUGAAUCACACGGGCAGUACAGCAUCAACACGGCUCAAAACUCAUCACGACUCUCAAUCUGCCCAAAAGCCUGUGGAUGAUGUUGAGCCACAGCCAGGUUUGCGGAUCAUGGAGCCAGAUCCGCCCUCUAAGCGAGCUUCAAUAACCACUACCUCGAGCACAAAUCCCGUUCCAGACGACCUGGAAGAGGCAACACUUGAUGUCGAUAGGGACGUGGACGUCGGCGUCACGCAGGAUAUUGAUGAGGAUCCCAAAGCAAGCGCCAUUGGUACUCGGGAAAUGAGAGAUGACCCAGUGGACUUGGGUCCCUCCACCGGUCGCUCUGGUCAUUCGUUGGGUUCUGAUGCUCCACCUUUGUACAAUACACAAGCUGAGUCAGGACCGCAUGCCAUUGCUGACCAGGAUUUCAGCGAUGACUUGUUUGGGUGA